GUUUAAAGUCCAUGAUAAAUCAGAUGAUGAAAUCUUCAUAAUCAAAAUAGCCUGGCAAACAUUGGUCAAAGAUGCCAUACCCACUAUUAAAAAAGGAAUGACAAUACUUUAUAAGCAGGUUCUUGAUGAGAUUAAGCUUUACGUGAAUAACUCAAAAGGGCCGGCAAAAGAAUUGAAACUGGAUGACAUGAUUUCUAAGCAUUUUAAUAUCGAUUAUAUUGAAGAGGGUCUCAUCCUCAUAUACUCCCAAUAG